UGCCCUCCCAGUUUGCAUCGGUCGCGACGUCUGCUACGCUUUUUUAUUUCGUUUUCUUUCCCAUAGAAAUUAUAACUUUACCUCUAAUUUAAGUAACGCUCGUUUUGGGGGUUUCUACAAACAGUUUUUUAUCCGUUUUGGCUUGUGCUCCGCAAACAUUAUGACAACGCUUGGGGACAGCGCCCGAGGCUAAAGCAACGCCGGUUGUUUGUCUGCGUUUUCGCCAACGACAACGACGUCGACGUCGACGCUGCCGUCUCCAUUGCUUUUGUGGCGUUGUUUGUAUUGCUUUACAUGUGACACAUACACGGAGACACAUAUGGUUGCCAUGCUUGUGUGCGUAUGUGCAUAUUGUGCUACCGGUUGCUUGCGGUUUGCCUUUUGACCGUUUGUUGUUGUUCUUGUUCCGUGCUGUGUAAAGAACUUUCCAAGAAAUUACAGCACGCAGAUAAACAUCAAUAAGCAAUUGAUAUAUUGACAUAUUGGAGCCAUUGAAAUGAGCCAAUGCGGGUCGCCAACGUUCGAGAAGGAGCUGCGCGAGCAAAUCGAAAACAUGAAUCGCAUUAUGAAAUCCAAAGAACGCAAACAACUGCAAACAUGUCGGGAUCACAAGGCCCUGCAGACACGCUUUGCUCGGCAGGAGAGUCUGCUGCAUACGAUGCAGCAGGAGAAUCGAGCGCUGCUCACACGAAUACGACAGUACGAGCACUGCCUGGACGAUGUGAUGCGCAAGGUGGUGGACGCCAUUGUGGCCGAGGAUAAUCUGAGGGAGGAGGUGAGCAUGCUGAAGAGUCGCGUGCGCGAUCUGGAGGCACAGAACGCAGCGCUGUCGGCGAGUCCGGUGAAGGGGCGGGACGAGGGCUACUGCACGAUGAGCAGCGGACAGCCGCAGCCGUCGAAUGGGCACCUGGAAGGACUGCCCGAGGAGCCGGAGCAGUGGCUGCUGCCGGCCGAGCCCUGCUCAACCGAAAUGGAAGACUGGAGCAUGUCGCAGGAGGAGCUGGCUGUGAUAACCUUCGACGAUGAGCGCGAUCGGCAACAGCUGCAGCUGCAGCGGCGCAAGCGGGAGCACGACUGGCUCUGGCCCUCGAGCGACUUCAUCAAUUCGACGACCGUGGAGACGGACGACUCUGUCGCCGAUGGCAUUGCCCAGCUGCUGCAGCAGAAGCUUGUCUACUCGGAGGAUGAGGAGGUUGCCUGCACGGACUUUACCAACGAUUUCUAUAAGCUCGUCAACAUACGGCCCAACUCCUCGCGCAGCCUCUUCUCCUAUCUGGAAGGCGAGACUGAUGAUGAGGACGAUGAGGAUGAAGAGGACGAGCAGGACUCGAGCAUGUCGGAGAGCCAGAUCAAGCAGCGUGUCAGUCCGACGCCCAGCGAGGCGGGACGUGCCCAACUGACCAGCUGCUCCUCCAGCGAAACCGAUGAACACUCUGUGGCACCACCACCGCAACAACAAUUGGAUGAGGCGGUGGCGGAGGCGGAGGAGGAGGAGGAACAUGAUUACGCUGUAAUUGAGGAAUGCCGAAGACGUGUGAGCGACAUCGAGAUCGAGGAUGUGCCGAUGGUGAAGAACUCGUCUCCUGCUCUCAACGAACAGCAGUGCAUUGCACAAAUCAUCAAGACAGAGCUGAGGCGCCCGCCCCACGUGCUGGUCAAGUCCAAGUCGGUGCUGGAGGAGCAGGAGCCCAGCUGCAUAUUGCGUCACAAUCAGCGCCGCGAGCUCGAGUCCAGCGUGGUGCGCAGCGACAGCAUCAGCUGCGCGAUGAUGGCCAAAAUGGCCAAGGAGGCGCCCCCAUCCCCGGCAAUGGUAUCCAAGCUAAAGGAGCGCCUGCUGCAGCGCCAUGCUCCGAGCCCAACUGGCAACUCCUGGCGGCGCAGCAAUGGCUGGAAGCGUGUCACCUCGCCAGUUGCCGGGUCAGCCAAAAAGGAGGCAACAAAGACAACCACGGAGCUGCCAAAGAGCUGCCAGCAAAAGGCGCCGCCCACACGUAUACCCACAUGCAUACACACGACAUCAACCACUUCCUCCACAAGCUCAUCCUGCUCCUCGUCAACGCCUUCGUCGCCCUCGCCACCAAAACAGACGCAGAAGCUGACGCAGCAGCAGCAGCAGCAGCAACAACAGAAGCAGCAGGCGAAGCAGCCAUCGCAGCAGCGCAAAUCCAAAAUUCCUCCACCUGUACCCGUGCGUCGUUCCUAUGCCAGCUAAGAGACGCCCCCAACCCCCCUCUAAGCAUAAUCUCAAACAGAAUUCUAUAAAUUGAUAGCGACAGAGCGAAGAGCCAUCGAGCAUUCGCCGUAGAAUUAAAGAUUUAAAAGACUAAAUUGUGAUAUAUAUUCAAACUAAAAACGAGAGAAGAGAGCAGAAGCAGUAGCAGCAGCAGCAGCAGCAGGAGAGGGUGUGCAUGCACGAAUACAACAUAUUUAUAUUAUAUAUACACACACCUAUAUAUACAUAUAUAUAUAUAUAUUUAAGAGUCUUUUGGAUAAUGUUUACUAGAAUCGAUGCUAGGCUCGACGUGCUCUAUACAGUUUUGUAGAGCAGCGAUCGCAGUUACAAGUUCCCAAAUCGCAUUUCCAAGCUGAUCGAAAGAGUAUGAGCUCUUCAGUAUAUAUAUAAAGUUUAUAAGCUGUAUAAUCUGUAUACAAUAUAUAUAUAUAUUUAUAUUUGCAUGAUUUCUAUUGGACUAGCCAAAGCUUUGCUCAGCAUCUGAGCAAAGUGUCAACAAAAACUAAUAAAACUAUUAACUAUCAGUAAACAGAACUAUAAAUAUA